CUCUGAAAGCACCACGCAGGUCCCUGAAAGCACCACACAGAUCUCUGAAAGAACCAUGCAGGUUCCUGAAAGCACUAUGCAGGUCCCUGAAAGCACCAUACAGGUCCCUGAAAGCAUCAUGCAGGUCCCUGAAAGCACCAUACAGGUCCCUGAAAGCACCAUACAGGUCUUUGAAAGCACCAUGCAGAUCUCUGAAAGCACCACGCAGGUCCCUGAAAGCACCAUGCAGAUCUCUGAAAGCACCAUACAGGUCCCUGAAAGCACCAUACAGGUCCCUGAAAGCACCAUGCAGAUCUCUGAAAGCACCAUACAGGUCCCUGAAAGCACCACGCAGAUCUCUGAAAGCACCAUGCAGAUCCCUGAAGGCACCAUACAGGUCCCUGAAAGCACCAUGCAGAUCUCUGAAAGCACCAUUCAGGUCCCUGAAAGCACCAUAUGAGUAACUGGAAGUCCCAGAAGAGUAAUUUCUCUGAAAUGAGCUUAUAAGCUCCAGAAAGUGUCCUGGAGGUUCUACUAAGUAAAGCAGAACAAUAAUUUACCCAGUAAGCGGGGCGGUAACAUGAUCAGCUCCAGACGGUACCCUGUCAGUAAGUCAGUAAUGGGAGGAACCCGCCUACAGCUGGUCCCUUAAAACAGCACAGCUUAAACCCAACAGAACGGUUCUUGAACUGCUUUAAUUUAGCCCGUUUUAAACGACUAAAUCACAGAUAUUUUCAUAUAAAACCUCCAUCAUCUUCUAGUCUGAUUAGCAUUUUUGCCUAUUUGGGUUUCAAACAGCGAGCUGCAGUAAUUGGCGGUAAUCAGCAGGUGAUGUAACGACGCUAGCAUCUCAUCACAGAACACAGUGACCCGUUCCCCUCGGUGAAGGCAGAACCGGGCUCGGGUUUGAU